ACCACGUGCACCCAAACACACACAGUUAGACGCACACAGAAUUACACGUACACAGUGGCACAAUACACGCACUCUUUCUCUCUCUCUGUCCCUUUCUUUAUUAGCCGGAAAAACUUAGUUUAACCACAAGAUCAACAAGUCUUUCAGUUCCCAAGAGAACCAUUAAUGGCUUCCACUGUCCUUUGCAACUCAAUCAACUCGAACUCCACCUUAGUUUUUUCAAGAACCCACUUCCCAGUUCUCGUUUCCAAAGACUUCCCAGUAGAAUUCCCACCUUAUGUACACUUUAACCACCACUUCAAAACCAGAACAAACCGGCACCAGAGGAAGCUGGUGCAAGUCAAAGCCCAAGUGGCAGAGGCCCCAACCGUGUCACCACCAACGCUAAGCGAUGUGGAGCCACGAAAGAAGCUUCGGUUACUUGUGGCUGGAGGUGGGAUUGGUGGGCUGGUUUUUGCUUUGGCUGCAAAGAAGAAGGGGUUUGAGGUGGUGGUGUUUGAGAAGGAUUUGAGUGCUAUAAGAGGGGAGGGUCAGUAUAGGGGUCCAAUUCAGAUACAGAGUAAUGCUUUGGCUGCUUUGGAAGCUAUUGAUUUGGAUGUUGCUGAGGAGGUUAUGAACACUGGGUGCAUUACUGGGGAUAGGAUUAAUGGCCUUGUUGAUGGGAUUUCUGGUAAUUGGUACGUCAAGUUUGACACAUUCACUCCUGCAGCAGAACGAGGGCUUCCUGUCACAAGAGUUAUAAGCAGAAUGGCCUUGCAACAAAUUCUUGCUCAUGCAGUCGGGGAAGAUGUCAUUAUAAAUGGCAGUAAUGUCACUAAAUUCGAGGAUAAUGGAGAUAAGGUUACUGUGAUGCUUGAGGAUGGACAAAGUUAUGAAGGUGACCUUCUGGUUGGAGCUGAUGGUAUAUGGUCAAAGGUGAGAAAGAAUUUAUUUGGACCAAAGGAAGCUGUUUACUCGGGCUACACUUGUUAUACUGGUAUUGCAGAUUUUGUGCCUGCUGACAUUGAAACUGUUGGGUACCGAGUAUUUUUGGGACACAAACAAUACUUCGUUUCUUCAGAUGUGGGUGCAGGAAAAAUGCAGUGGUAUGCAUUUCAUGAGGAAGCACCUGGUGGGGUUGAUAGUCCUCGUGGUAAAAAGGAAAGGCUGCUUAAAAUAUUUGGGGGCUGGUGUGAUAAUGUAAUAGAUCUGAUACUUGCCACAGAUGAAGAUGCAAUUCUUCGACGUGACAUAUAUGAUCGUAUACCAAUUUUAACUUGGGGAAAGGGUCGUGUGACCUUGCUUGGGGAUUCUGUCCAUGCUAUGCAGCCAAAUAUGGGUCAAGGGGGAUGCAUGGCCAUUGAGGAUGGUUAUCAACUUGCAGUGGAGCUUGAUAAAUCAUGGAAAGAAAGUAGUGAAUCAGGAACUCCUAUUGAUGUUGUUACUUCUCUUAAGAGAUAUGAGAAUGCUAGAAAAUUACGUGUUGCCAUUAUUCAUGGAUUGGCAAGAAUGGCUGCACUUAUGGCUUCAACUUACAAGCCUUACUUGGGCAUAGGACUCGGCCCAUUGUCGUUUUUGACGAAGUUUAGGAUACCACAUCCAGGGAGAGUUGGAGGGAGAGUUUUUAUUGACCUGGCAAUGCCCUUGAUGCUAAGUUGGGUCCUUGGUGGUAACAGCUCAAAACUUGAAGGAAGGUCACUAUCCUGCAGACUCUCAGACAAAGCAAAUGAUCAGUUACGCCAAUGGUUUGAAGAUGAUGAUGCAUUGGAGCGUGCCACUAAUGGAGAGUGGUGUUUGUUGCCAUGUGGAAAUGAAACAGGCAUUUCACAACCUAUUUGUUUAAGCAGAGAUGAGAGCAAUCCCUGCAUUAUAGGGAGCAUAGUACACAAGGACCUCCCAGGGAUGUCGAUAGCUAUAUCCUUGCCACAGGUUUCUGAAAUGCAUGCACGUAUUAGUUAUAAGGAUGGUGCCUUCUUCGUGACUGACUUGCGAAGUGAACAUGGUACCUGGAUCACAGAUAUUGAAGAGAGACGGUAUCGGAUACCUCAAAAUUUUCCUACUCAAUUCCAUCCAUCAGAUGUUAUUGAGAUUGGUUCUGAUAAGAAGGCAAGAUUUCGAGUUAAGGUAUUGAGGACUUCUCCAAAGGAUGCAGCAGUGGAUAGUGGAAUCCCCCAGACGGUGUGAAAAAUCUUUUAAGUUUCAUUUUCUUUAGAAUACACAGGAAUUGUACAGCAUUUAUUCGGAGUGGUAAAGCAAUGUAAAUCUGCCGCAUAUUGCUGAGUGAUAAUAAGGAUAACUUAUACAAGAAAUAUUAUAUUUCAAACCUUCAUAAAUUUUAUGAUUAUUCAUUUUGAAA